AUGCAUCGUGAGCUGUCAUCAGCUGAGUCUGCCCCUCUUGCCUUUGACAGAUCGUCCACCGACGAUCUGUUCCUUCCGCGGGUUGAUGCAAAUUCAAGGUCCCUAGACAGCAAUAAUAAUGAGUCUCACUGGCAGUCUGUCCCACUGGCGUUGGCGUUGCUGCCCGCAGUCGGGGGCCUGCUAUUCCCAAAUGGAAGCGCGGUAGUAACAGAUAUCACUUUACUGGUUCUGGCAGCAGUAUUUCUUAAUUGGUCGAUUCGAUUACCGUGGGACUGGUACAUCUCAGCACAACAGAUGUCACGAAGUCUCACACUAGAAGACGAAUUCGACAUGGAUGUGAUUAUCGAGCAAGCUGAGGAACCAGAGCUGGAGCCGGGCAAGAAAGAGGACCGUGAUUCAAAGCCCAAGCCGCAAGAAUGCGCAGCUUCGACGCCCCAAUCCGCAACUGCCCGGGCCGCAAUGGCGGAGCUCCACCGACACGAACUAGCAGCUCUAACAUCCUGCUUCCUCCUCCCCAUCGUAGGCGCUUGGCUCUUGCAUACCCUCAGGUCGCAACUCUCCCGACCCUCCGAGGGCCUCGUGUCCAAUUACAAUUUAACAGUCUUCCUCCUCGCCGCGGAAGUUCGCCCAUUUUCCCACCUGUUGAAAAUGGUCCAAGCACGUACCCUCUACCUACAACGCCUCGUCUCUUCCGACACCGGGGAACCUCGCGAGAGAAUCGACGCCAGCAAAAUCUUCGACAUCUCCACCCGCCUCGAGGAGCUAGAAGCUCACAUCGCAGAAACAGCCAGCAAGCGCGAGCAUCAAGACCAAUAUCAAAAUCAACAGCCCCCCAACAGUGCCAAGCACGGAAAAGAAUACCUCUCCGCAACCUCACCCGCAACCACCAAAGGCCUGUCCCCAGACAAUCAAACACCACACCCGGACCUCUCAGCCCUUACCCGCGCCAUGCGCCGCUACGAAAAACGCACCACCCUGCACGCCCACGAGACCGAAACGCGUCUUCAAUCUCUCGAAGAGCGACUGAGGGACGUCAUCUCACUCAGCACCGCAGUGGCAGCGCAGCAGCGCCGCGCAGCGUCGAAUCGCAGCUCGCCGAUAUUUGGUGCAACAACGAGAGAUCGGGACAGGGAAGCUGCCGAUACCGAGUUUUACGAGGUGACCUUUUUAAGUUGA